AUGGCAGCGCUGCAGGAGAAGAAGUCGUGCAGCCAGCGGAUGGAGGAGUUCCAGCGCUACUGCUGGAACCCGGACACGGGCCAGAUGCUGGGCCGGACGCUGUCCCGGUGGGUGUGGAUCAGCCUGUACUACGUGGCCUUCUACGUGGUGAUGACCGGGCUCUUCGCUCUGUGCCUCUACGUGCUCAUGUGCACCAUCGACCCGUACACACCGGACUAUCAGGACCAGCUCAAGUCGCCAGGGGUGACCUUGCGGCCGGACGUCUAUGGGGAGAAAGGCCUGGACAUCUCCUACAAUGUGUCUGACAACAGGACCUGGACGGAGCUGACGCGCACCCUCCACCGCUUCCUGGCGGGCUACUCGCCGGCGUCCCAGGACGGCAACAUCGACUGCACGUCGGAGAAGUACUUCUUCCAGGAGCGCUUCCUGGCCCCGAACCACACCAAGUUCUCCUGCAAGUUCACAGCUGACAUGCUGCAGAACUGCUCCGGCUCGCCGGACCCCACCUUCGGUUUCGCAGAAGGAAAGCCGUGCUUUAUUAUUAAGAUGAACAGGAUCGUCAAGUUCCUCCCGGGCAACAGCACGGCCCCCAGGGUGGACUGCGCAUUCCUGGACGAGCACCCGCGCCAGGACGCGCCCCUGCAGGUGGCGUACUACCCGCCCAACGGCACCUUCAGCCUCCACUACUUCCCCUACUACGGGAAGAAAGCCCAGCCCCACUACAGCAACCCUUUGGUUGCCGCCAAGCUUCUCAACGUCCCCAGGAACAGGGACGUUGUCAUCGCAUGCAAGGUCCUGGCAGAGCACGUGACCUUCGACAACCCCCAUGACCCCUACGAAGGGAAGGUGGAGUUCAAGCUUAGAAUCCAGAAGUGA